GUGCUUCUCGCGAUACAAGCUACGUCACUGUAAUUGGUGUAGACACAUCAACUCAGAGGCAAGUUACCACACACUAGACGUUUUGAAUCCGUGGCUGACCUAGAUAAGCGACGACAGUCAUCACACGUUCAGAGCACAGGUUUUCGCGAUGGUCGAUGCUGAAACUAUCGCCAAUUCGAAGACAGACCUACAGGUCGAGAAGAUUAGGAACUUUCAAGUACGAACGGAUGACAUUUUUGUCGUAACGUAUCCAAAGUCUGGCACAACAUGGAUGAAAGAAAUCGUACCGCUGGUGUUAAACGGCGGAGACACAGAAAUCAUUAAAGGCACGCCAUCUGACGUCAGAGUACCAUACUUAGAUUUUGUCCUGUCAAGUGACCCGGAACUCCAACGCCUCGUUGUCGGGUUUGGUCUACCAGAAGGUUUCGAUUUGAACACCACAGAGUCACCCAGAGUUAUGGCUAGUCAUCUACAUGCGAAGUAUUUACCAAAACAGAUUGAAGAAAAGAAACCAAAGGUUAUCUACGUAACCAGAAAUCCGAAAGAUGUUGCCGUUUCUUGCUUUCAUUUUGUUCAGAAGGAAUUGCCUGUCGUAAACGAGAAACCAUACGAAAGUUUCAGCACAUUCCUAACUGAUUUCGUCAAAGCUAAGAAUGGUACACAAACUGUACUCUAUGACGGUACACUAUGGAAAGAUCAUGUUUUACACUGGUGGAAUCGAAGACAUGAGAGUAAUGUAUUAUUCUUGACUUAUGAAAACAUGAAGCGGGACCUAGCGGGGAACGUUCGUAAAAUUGCAAGCUUUCUUGAAGCGAAGCUGGAUGACGAUGCCGUUGAUAGAAUCGCCCAUCAUUGUUGUUUUGAAAGCAUGAAGAAUAAUCCGAUGGCCCUUAAAAGCAAAUACUGUUCCAAUGUGUUGAAAGUUGACCCCGGAAAAUCAUCACCAUUCGUUAGGAAAGGUAAGGUUGGAGGAUGGAAGGAGUACUUCACUGUCGCCGACAACGAGCAUUUCAAUGAACUGUAUAAAGAAUGGACCAAGGAUUGUGACAUUGACCUUCAGUUUGAACUGUCCUGAUUAUACGACAUUUAUAACCAUAUACUGUAUAAUAGGACUAUAAUGCAUUAACCGACAUUUAUUUAGAUAUAUUUCAAUUUCUGUUCUGUGAAUGUACACAUAUAAUUAAUUGAAUAGUUGAAUAUCAUGAAAAUGACACAAGUUCUGAGACACAUUUAAUAUAUUACAAUAAAUCAUGUUAUUAACAUUGGC